AUGAUGCCUGAACACCAGGACCUGCCAGAGCGUCAAUAUCGCGGUUCGGUUGCAACAGACCAUUUCAAGGCUUCCAAAAUAGUAACGGCCCGGGAUAAUCUUGGCCAGGCCCCGGCCCACACACAAAGAGUUCUCCUAUUCAUCCGACCGCAUUUUCUAUUCAUAUACUUCAGCACUUUCGCGAGUACUCGACAACGGCCGUUCCACCUAUAUCUUAUUAGGUCUUAUUCUACAAGACCACUUGGAACCUGCCUAGGAACGUGCAUACCUCCCCGAAACGCGAGGUUUAAUAGCGCGUUACGGCGGCAUGACGUCGAAACUAUCUUCAUUUCCUCAAUCGAGGAUCUUGAGCAGCUUCUGCUUGAGCUCAAGCAGGCCAAGCAACGGGCGAUGGAACGACACCGAAAGGCGAAGCACGACACCGAGACGAUCGAAGAGUCUAUGCUACGUCUGUCGGAGAAGGAAAAGGGCAAAGCCAAGGCGGUCGAUAAAGUAAAGCGCGAACGCGACUUCACCCCCCUUCCUGACGCAGAUGGACCAUCAAAUUCAUACCUCGGAAACACCUCGAAAUCGCGGAACCAUUCAAUAUCCGCCAAUGCGAUUCCCUCGUCUUCUUCGCGGUCUUCAUUAGACCCACGUCGAUCAGCCGCUGACGAACUCAAGAAGAAGAAAAAGAAACGGAAACGUGAAGGCGGAGAAAGCGAGGUCGAGCAAGAAUUGCAAAGACCUCGAAAACAAUCGCCACCCGUGGUCCACCCUCCACCCCCUCCUAAAGCGCCAAAACCUGUCGUUCCUGCUACUCCGUCACAUACCAAGCCACCCAUUGGACAGGACUUCUCUCUUCCACCCUCGCAACCGCUGCUAUCGCCCCGUCCGCCUAUACCCCCACCCCCAAUACCUGGGCCAAGCAAGCCUACAGAAGUUACAGAAGACUUCAGCAAACAGAAAGCACCUCAGCAGGUCCUCGUGACAACUUUCUACUCGAGCAUCGAGCCGUACACUAGGAACAUCAAGGAAGAAGAUGUUGGCUUCCUGGAAUAUACUGGUGACGAAGUUGAGCCGUAUGUGAUGCCAAAACUCGGUCGACAUUAUCUCGAGAUAUGGGAAGACCAAGAUAAUGGCGUUCUGCCACCAAUACUGCUGGGAGAUUCAGUGGCACCAGCGUCGCACUUUGCGGCGCCAGCACCAAAGUGGGAUCCACUUACGCUGGCAGAUCAGGAUUUGGCAGCUGAGGAGAGAGGGCAUGGGCCGUUUACGGAGAGAGUGAUCAGCGCGCUACUUCCUAUACCUGACUUGACCGUCUGGAAAGGUGUGAAAGCUGCGGAGGAUGCGAUGGAAGGGAGACCUGGUGGCAGUGGCGCUGCAGCUGCGAGGAAGGAGAGGCUGAACGUGACAGACCUAGAGGCCAGGAUACGAGAUACGAUGCGGUAUCAUGGGUUGCUUGAUGCAGUGCCCGAUUUCACCGAAAAGGUCGACGAUCCUAUUGCUUCGGCUCUACGAGAAGCCCAAAGAGAGCUCCGUCGAGUCGUGGCGGUCAACAAGGCACGGAAAGCGCGCCUGGUCCCCGUCGCGAAAGAUCGAUUGGGAUAUCAAGAGUACCUCGAGCUCCGCGACGCCAUCGACAAGAACAUCACCACCCUCUACGCCAAGCUGCAGAAGAAGGAUGUCCCGAAACUCAGCAAGAAGAAGAAAAAACCUCUUCAAGGUGCUGCAGCAGCGGCUGCUGCUGCUGCUGCUGCUGCUGCCGCCGCCGCCAAUGCUGCGAAGGGAAGCGUACAGCCCGAAGAUAUCCCAGCACCACUCGCACCCUGCCCUGCAGCUCUUGGCCUAACUCCCGACGAGGACAACCAUCUUACGGUCAACGAGCAGCUGAAGCAACUCGUCGAGACCCGGCGGCAGUGGGUGGACACAGUUGGCCAGAUCUUCGAACAGAAGGAGAUGGAGAACCCUGGGCGGAUAUACGGCCUGCCAACGGAGAGCAUCUACGACGGCAUUGAGGACGAAGUCGAAGCGAUGCUUGCCCUCCAACCUGUAGAGAAGCCCAUUCAUGCAUCUCUGAAGGGGCCAGCUGCGAUGGCGACGAAUCUUCCGACCAUGGUUAAUGGGGUGCCAAAUGGUGUCUCGAUGCUCCCUCAACGAACGAGUGUCAGCACUGGCAGUCUGAAGGGCAAGGAACGGGCCCGGAGCGAUGCUAUGGAUAUUGGAUAG